CUUUAUUUUGUGUUGACUGCUUGUAAUUUUGAAUUUGUAUGAUGGAAAGCAACACCGACAAUCCCGAAAGAAAUAAUUUCACCCCAUUAUCUGUGCAAGAAGUAGACGUAGAUAUUUUACCAAUAGUAUACGAAAUCAUACGAAGUGUCGAGCGUGAUUUCCACGACAACUCUGCAAAGGUGCGAGAAUCCCAGGAGUGCAGUCUGAAGGUUCUUGAACUACAAAAGAAGCUCGAUUACGCUAGAUCUCAGAUAAGGCGUUUACCAGGAAUUGAGUACAACAAGCAAGAUCAAAUCAAGCAGUUUGAGGUGCUCCGGACACAACUGCAACUGAAGAGAGAACUACUCCAGAAGUACCAGAAUAUGUGCUCAAUUGAAACUUCCUUCAAGUGAUAUCAGACAAGAUGCCACUCCGUGCUCUCUUCAAAUAUCUGGCAGACAAUGAGCGCCUGGUACAAAAGUUAGCUGAUUCUUACCCCGUCCGCCGUGCUGCACAGCUAGCUAUCUUCGUGUUUUAUAGGGGAAAGGAAAAG